AACCACCCCCCGCCCUCCCUGCAACCACACAAAUGCGGGAAUCAUAGCCAGUGGAUCCGCUGGUGCUGAAUGAAUGGAAGCGCGGGGCGGGCCUGCGCGCGCGGCCGCCCUGCCCACGAUGCUGUCUCCCCGCGGCCUGUAGGGCCCUCGCUGGCCCCUCGCCCACCUCCCGCCCCGGGCUGAGGCUGCCGCGGGUUCCGCGCCCAACGCCAAGACAGCGGUGGCGACGGGUAAGGUCGGAGGGAGGGUGGUUUCCUCCCGCCCCACACCCAGUCUCCGAGCCGGAUAUAUAGAGUGUCACGUUUGGGAGCAGAAAGACCGGAGCUGUUUCCUUGUGGCGGGAGCGCUUCCCGUAGCCUCGGGGAAGGAGCAGGAUUUCGAGGACCACUAGUUGAACCCCAUCCUCGUGCUGGAGGAACAGGAACCUCUUUCAGGAUCUAUAAAAGAAAGGGAGGAAUCAUGUCCAUGAUUGCAGCUUUCUAUGGCGGCAAGUCCAUUCUCAUCACGGGGGCCACCGGCUUUCUGGGCAAAGUGCUGAUGGAGAAGCUGUUUCGCACCAGCCCGGACCUGAAAGUCAUUUACAUCCUUGUGAGGCCCAAGGCUGGCCAGACACUGCAGCAGAGGGUUUUCCAGAUCCUAAACAGUAAGCUAUUUGAGAAAGUCAAAGAAGUUUGUCCAAAUGUGCAUGAGAAGAUCAGAGCUAUUUAUGCAGAUCUCAGUCAGAAUGACUUUGCCAUCAGCAAAGAGGACAUGCAGGAGCUUCUCUCCUGUACAAACAUAAUCUUUCACUGUGCAGCCACUGUACGCUUUGAUGACACUCUCAGACAUGCUGUGCAACUUAACGUCACUGCCACCCGGCAGCUCUUGCUUAUGGCUAGUCAGAUGCCAAAGCUGGAAGCCUUUAUACAUAUCUCUACUGCCUAUUCAAAUUGUAACCUGAAGCACAUCGAUGAAGUUAUCUAUCCGUGCCCUGUGGAGCCAAAAAAAAUCAUUGAUUCCCUUGAGUGGUUAGACGAUGCUAUUAUUGAAGAGAUUGCACCCAAGCUGAUCAGAGAUUGGCCCAAUAUUUACACCUACACCAAGGCCUUGGGAGAAAUGGUGGUGCAGCAAGAGAGCAGGAACCUGAACAUUGCCAUCAUAAGGCCCUCCAUUGUGGGAGCAACUUGGCAGGAGCCUUUCCCAGGUUGGGUUGAUAAUAUAAAUGGACCUAAUGGACUAAUUAUUGCGGCUGGGAAAGGGUUUCUUCGGGCCUUAAAAGCUGCUCCAAAGGCAGUGGCAGACUUAAUUCCAGUUGAUACAGUCGUCAAUCUCAUGCUAGCUGUAGGAUGGUAUACUGCAGUUCACAGACCUAAGUCAACAUUAGUCUACCACAGUACAUCUGGUAACCUCAAUCCCUGCAAUUGGCACAAAAUGGGAGUCCAAGUCUUGGCAACCUUUGAAAAAAUCCCAUUAGAGAGAGCUUUCAGGAGACCAUAUGCUAAUUUUACCAGCAACAACUUCACAUCCCAGUACUGGAAUGCGGUCAGCCACCAGGCCCCUGCCAUCAUCUAUGACUGCUAUCUGCGGCUCACGGGAAGGAAGCCCAGGAUGACAAAGGUCAUGAAUCAGAUUUUAAGAACUGCUUCCAUGUUGGAGUACUUCCUCAACCGGAGUUGGGAAUGGAGCACAUACAAUACAGAAAUGCUGAUGUCUGAGCUGAGUCCUGAAGACCAGAGAGUAUUCAACUUUGAUGUGCGCCAGUUGAACUGGUUGGAAUACAUUGAAAAUUAUGUUUUGGGAGUUAAAAAAUACUUAUUGAAAGAGGAUAUGGCUGGGAUUCCAGAAGCAAAGCAACACUUAAAAAGGCUCCGAAAUAUCCACUACCUCUUUAAUACUGCCCUCUUCCUAAUCGUCUGGCGUCUUCUCAUUGCAAGAUCUCAGAUGGCUCGGAAUGUCUGGUUCUUCAUUGUAAGCUUCUGUUAUAAAUUCCUCUCCUACUUUAGGGCAUCCAGCACGCUCAAAGUUUAAGAACAUUUCACCAUAGUUUUUUAUCUGGAACCUCUCAGAUACCUCUAAAACAGCAAACUGUGAUUCUCAAGAUUAGAAAGUAACAAGGAAUAUGCCCAAACUGUCAGUGUCACCUUUUAUGUAUUCAUCCCUAUUCCUUAACUAUAUAUUUUUAUUUCAGUGAGAGAAGGAAAGUUGUAAACUAGCCCAUAGUCACCUACAUUUUAGGGAAAAAAAUUCAAAUUGUUUCCUAACAUUCUAUUUUAUGCCCUUGCAUAUUAAACGUGAAAGUACUCCCACUUUUCUAUAUUUAGCUUUUCUUUUCUCCCUGAGAGGAUUCAUUUAAACUCAGUAAAUAUGGAAAGAUGCAUGGCAGAAGUUGAAAAGAAUUCAAGCAGUACUAACCUUGGAACCAUUCUGGGUACCCAAAAGAAAAAUUUUAAAUCAAGAUGAGUAGAAGGAGAAUGAUCUCAAUAUCCUCAAAAGUGAAGUAACAGAAGUAAUUCCCCACUGAAAAUGUCUCUCUUUCCAUGUUAUACCUUGGAGUCUUGGUAGGUGGGGGAAUCAGAAAAGUAGGUUUACAUUUAACAUUUUUCUUAACUAUAUUCACUUCUUUAAAAGGAAAAAGCGUAAAUAAGUAUGUAUAAAGUUAGGGAUUAAGCAUAUUUGCAUUGGGGACUCAUGUAUUAUGCUUUUAAGUCAAAAUUGAUAUUCUCAAAUUUGAAUUUGACAGCUAUUACUUCUAAAUCUUUUUAAUCCUCAAUUUCUUGGUAACCUUCUUUCAAAAGUCUCCUUCUAAAAGUUGCCAAACCCUUUAUAUUUAAUCUUUUCCCACUCAGGACUCAAUUAGAGUGGUUAACAGGGAGAGGGAUGGUCCCAUUUGAUCUUUGCCACUGAGCAAAACAAAACUUCAAAUGGACUUUUAAACUGUAGCUUCUGGUAUAAAGUGGGGAAGAUUGCACUUAUGCGAUCACUAGAGGAUUUACUAGUAUCGUGAUCAUUCCAAUUGCACAAUGUUAACUGUACAACAUACAGCAGAAAAGUGAAUAGACUUCACUAAGGGACUCAAGUUUAGGAAAUAGGUUUUGUUUUCUUAAAAAUAUUUUGUGUAUAAUGCAAACUAGUGAAAACUAUAUAUAUUCUCCAAUUCCUAUAGUAAUAAUGUAACUGUUACGCCAACUUUCCUCAUAUUUGAGAGAUGAGUACGUUGGAUUGCAGCAUUUCUUCAUGUUAAAAACAUGGAAUAUUACUCAAAUACACUAUUUGGGGCCUAAACAACUAAAAUUAGUCACCACAUAACUAGCUGAAAAUGACAUAGGCAUAAAAUGUUAACAAAGAAUGGCAGUGAUAUUUAUGCUCACUUCCUGGAAUAAUUGAGUAAUAUUCAGAAAGGCACAUUGAGGUAGUUUAAGUGUACAAGGCCUUCAGGCAGUAUCUAGCCCAGUAUUAUUCCAGAUUCUCCUGAGCUCUAUAUAAAGGGCAUUUGGGAGGAACUCUUCUGGGCAGUAUCUUCCCCAAUCUCAUCGAAAUUCUGGGAAAGACUUUCCAUAGCAGACAACCCAGCUCUGACACUAAGCACCUGGUGAUCUUUAGUUUGAGAUGUCUAUAUGGUACUUUUGCGUUAUAUCAAUUAAGAUACAAGCUAUAGAUAUGGUAAAAAUACGAAAUCAAGAUAUAGCUCAGUGGGACUGGAUUAAGACAUAAUAAUAGUUCUAAGAAUUCACUUUUGAUUGUAUGUUUCACCAAUUCAAUAACUCCACUAAUCAAGUAUUCACAUUUUGACUUUUGAUUAAAUAAAAAUUUGAAUUAAAAUU